CGUAUCAAAUAACUCCUCGCCCUUCUAUUCCUCUCACUCUCCAAUCGCCCCCCAUUAUUCGUUCUCUUUGAAAAUCUCAGCUCUUCCUUCUUCCAUCGAUCCGAAAAUGGCAGCGAUUGAAAUAAAAACGGCACCAGCGGAUUUCCGCUUCCCCACUACAAAUCAAACCAGGCAUUGUUUUACGCGCUACAUUGAGUUUCACAGGUGUUUGGCAGCAAAAGGUCAGCAAUCUGGUGAAUGUCUUAAAUUUGCAAAAUACUAUCGUUCCCUCUGCCCAGGAGAAUGGGUUGACAGAUGGAAUGAGCAAAGGGAGAAUGGAGUUUUUCCUGGGCCUCUCUGAAUUACAGAAUCCUGGCAAAAAGAAUCCUCGUUCUCUGCAAAGACAGGUAGUAUGGUAACUUGGGUUCUGUUUCUCCUUUCAAACUUGCAUUAAAAGACACUUUUGGAUUUAAUUUCUUGAUUGAUUUCAGGGUGAUUUUCUUUUAUCAGCUUGGUUUCAGACAACGAUUUUAAUAAGAGGUGUACAUCUAUCGCUUGGAAAAUAUCAGUGUGUGGAUUUUCUC